UUCCAUUCGGUAUUCAGUUAGCAACAAGUGAGCGAACUAACAACAGCAAAACAUAAUCCAAGUAAAAAUUGAUUCACCUGCGUUCAAAAUGAGUUCCAAUUCCCUCUUUGAAACCGACGAAGAUGUCGCCCAGGCCAACAAGUUGUCCAGAAAGGUCAAGGAAUCUCCCUUUAUGCUCGUGGGCAUCGCCGGGUUCGUGGCCGCCGGUCUAGUUGGGGCCUACAAAUAUCGGAACCGCGGAACGAUGAGCACCAGCGUCUUCCUAAUGCAGCUCCGUGUGGCCGCCCAGGGAACCGUAGUCGGAUGUUUGACCGCCGGAUUGGCCUACACCAUGGCCAAGGAGUAUCUGCUCCACGAAGAGCCAAAGAACAAUUCAAAACCAGUCGAUUAAAUACGGGAAUACAGCCCGAACAAAAAGGUGCAUCCAAACAACUGACCUUCAGGUAGUGGCCUCCAAGUGGUCUCCCCAAAUAUUAUGAUGUUGCCGUCUCAGAUGAAAAGCGUAAAAGGCCUACAGUUUAGAAAAGUCUGCAAAUUGGAGUAAACUACAGGCGCACCGCCGAGCAGUAUUAACCAGCUGAUUCUAUCAUCGCAUUUCAUUUCAUUCUCCUUAUUUAUGUAUGUAUGUGUCACAAUAAAGAUUUUUUUACCAAAGAACCUA